AUGGAUGCAGCAACUUCAUCGCAGCCUGCCACCGCUGACCGGGGCUCCAUCACCAUCCCCGAGCCGCUGCAGAAUACAUAUACAACCGAUACGAAUCUCCACCGGCAGCUUUCAUGGUACCUCCCAUCAUCAACCUAUCAAUCCAUUCAGUCCAACCUCGCCCAGCUCGGCGAAGAAGCCAUCUCGCCUCAAAUCCGCGAAUGGAGCGCCGACGCCGAGCGCCACCAGCCCUACGUCAAGGGAUAUAACGUCUGGGGCCAGCGAUAUGACUAUGACCGCCUGAUCACCAGCGAGGGCUGGAAGCAGCUGAGCCGCUGGGGGGCUCGACAUGGCGUGGUGGCAUUAGGCUACGAACCCACCUACGGCGCCUUCCGCCGGCUCGUCCAAUACACCGUCAAUUAUCUCUACUCGCCUUCGUCAGGGUUGACCUCCUGUCCCGUCGCCAUGACCGACGGCGCGGCGCUGAUCCUCUCCCAGCAACUGCAGCAACAAUCCCUCCCAGCAGCCCAUCCCUUUCGCGUCGUCUUCCACCGACUCACCUCCCGAAACGAAGACUUCUGGACCUCCGGCCAAUGGAUGACCGAACGCGCCGGCGGCAGCGACGUCCAGAACACCGAGACAUGGGCCACCCACGACCCCCUCCCUGCCUCCCUCGGCACCCUGGGCGAAGGCGAGUACUCCAUCAGCGGCUUCAAAUUCUUCUCCUCCGCCACCGACGCCACCGUCACCCUCCUCCUCGCCAAAACCUCACCGUCGGGGAAACUCAGCACCUUCCUCGCGCCGCUCCGGCGCACCCUCACCCUCACCGAGGGAAGAACCCGCGAAGUCACCAACGGCGUCCGCAUCCACCGCCUCAAGAACAAGCUCGGGACAAAGGAGCUCCCCACCGCGGAGCUGGAGCUGCGCGGCAUGCGCGCGCACCUCGUCGGACAGCGCGACAAGGGCGUCGCCACCAUCGCGCCCCUGCUCAACGUCACCCGCACGCAUACCUUCAUCGGCUCGCUGGGCGCCUGGCGCCGCGCGCUCAGCAUCGCCAAGUCCUUUGCGCGGGCGCGGCGCACGGUCGGCGAGCCGCUGUGGCUGAUUCCCAUGCAUCUGCGCUUACUGGCGGAGCUGGAGGUGCGGCAUCGGGCGGCGAUGCAGUUGGGGUUCUUGACGGUGGGGGUUAUGGGUGUGGUUGAGAAUCCCCAGACGCAAGCCGAAGCCGGAGGAGUCCCGGGGCAUGUGCCCCGGGGAAAGGAGGCGACGGUGGUCUUCCGGGCGUUGACGGCGGUUUCCAAGGCGGUGAUUAGCAAGAUGGCGGUUCUGGGGAUCCAGGAGUGUCAGGAGGCGAUGGGGGGCGUGGGGUAUAUGGAUGAGCCGGACGAGCCCGAGUUCAAUGUCUCGCGGUUGCUGCGGAAUACCGCGGUGAAUAGUAUCUGGGAGGGGACGACGAAUGUCCUGGCGAGCGAGCUGGUGCGGUUUCUGCUGGCUCGAGACCAUUUCGCCGUGUUUGCUGCGUGGGCUGAGCGGGUGCUGGGCAUGAUACGGACGGGGAGCUUGGCGCAGGCGUUGGACCAGGCCUGGACGGCCUUCAAGGGCAAGGUGUCGGGGGAUGUCGCGUCGGUUCUGGCCGAUGGACGGAGAGUCAUGUUUACGCUUGCGUGGAUUCUGAUGGGGGCGUUGCUGGCCUUGGAUGCCGAGCGGGAUGGUGAUGCGGUGGCGGCAGAGGUUGCUCGUCGGUGGAUUCUGGCGGGCGAAGGAGGAGUAGGAGACACAGUGCACAGGGGGAUUGUGAGGCCGUACGGGGACGUGGACGAGAAAGAUCAUGCCAGCUGGGACUGCCGGAUUGUCUGGGGAGUGGAAUUGCCCGAGGGGCGGGUGGCCGGCCAUCGUUCUCUGAAGAACAAGCUGUAG